AUGAAGGCCCUUGUGCUGCUCUUUUGCCUGGCUCAGCUCUGGGGCUGCCACUCUUUCCCGCAUGGCCUGGGCCCAGUUUAUAGGGAACUGACCUGUGACGACCCAGAAACAGAGCAAGCAGCCCUGGUGGCUGUGGACUACAUCAAUAGCCAGCUUCGUCAGGGCUACAAGCACGCCUUGAACCAGAUUGACAAAGUGAAAGUGUCGCCUCGGCAGCCCACCGGAGAGUGGUUCGACCUUGAAAUAGACACAUUGGAAACCACCUGCCAUGUCCUGGACCCCACCCCCCUGGCAAACUGCUCCGUGAGGCUGCUGACCGAGCAUGCUGUGGAAGGAGACUGUAAUGUCCGACUUCUGAAACAGGACGGCCAGUUUUCCGUGCGGGCUGUAAGAUGUAAAUCCAGUCCAGACUCGGCCGAGGACGUGCGCAAGGUGUGCCUAGACUGCCCCCUGCUGGCCCCGCUUAACGACACCAGGGUGGUGCACGCCGCGGAGGCUGCGCUGGCCGCCUUCAACGCCCAGAGUAACGGCGCCUAUUAUCAGCUUGUGGAAAUUUCUCGGGCUCAGCUUGUGCUUCUUCCAGUUUCUGUCCGUGUGGAGUUUGCAGUGGCUGCCACUGACUGUGUUGCUAAAGAGGUCAUAGACCCAGCCAAGUGCAACCUGCUGGCAGAAAAGCAAUAUGGCUUCUGUAAGGCGACGCUCACAGUGAAGGUCGGUGGGGAAGAUGUUGCUGUGACCUGCACGUUAUUUCAAACACAGCCUGUGCUCCUGCAGCCCCAACCAGACGGCACCGAAGUGGGGGUCCCCACCAUUGUGGCAGAGCCAGCUGUGCCCUCACCUCCUGCAGCUUCCCUGCCUGUAGCUGCCCUGGUGGUAGGACCCGUGGUGGUGGCAGCUCAACAGCUACCCCCACCAGGGCACCGGGCACACUAUGACCUGCGCCACGCCCUCACGGGUGUGGGCUCAGUGGAGUCAGCCUCGGGAGAAGCGUUCUUCGUGGACAAAACACCCAGAGUGGUGCAGCCUGGCAUUGCUGUUUCUGCCAGUCCAGUAGUCCGCCCUUGCCCGGGGAGAAUCAGAUACUUCAAGAUCUAGAUGAAAGUCAGAGGUGAGAAAGUUUGGCACAGAGAACAUGGCCACCAUUUUGUCCAAGCCUGGGUAUGGGUGGGGGCCUUGUCUGCUGUCAAGGCAAGUGCUCCAUGUGGUCUCGAUUAAUAUCAAGCCUUGACUCCCAACUUCUCUUCAUUCUUCAGAGGACAAAAGCAGAGCAGGGGUGAUGGUUAUG